AUGUCCUCUGCGUCCCCCAACAACAUGCAAGACUUGCAGCGACGCAUCAGCAACCUGGCUAAAAGGUACAAAAGAGCAAGGGCUGCAGAAGAAGUGGCAGCUCAGCCACGCGAAGCGUUGCAGCUUCUACGACGAUGUCGGCCAGACAGCCCGAGAUGUCUUAUGGUGUACUUCCUGGCGGGGCAAUCUUGUGCUGCCGCAGUUGACUUUGUGGUAGGGCGCGGGUGGGAGCGUGCAAAACGCGGGCAUCCUUCACCGGAUCGAGAUGAGGUGGCGAAGUUGACGGCUGAUGUUGAGCAGGCUGUGGCCCGAUCUCCUGCCUCGGCUUUCAGCGCUUUGCAGAGAAACCCACUCAGUGACUUCGAGCUGUGCGAUUUGUUUUGCGCUCACAAGUAUGUCAUGGAACGCAGCUUGUACGGAUGGAUUGCAAGCCAGAACAACGACCAAGGAGUCGCACCGUCUCGAGAACAAGUCAUGGCGCAGCUUCCUGAACACAUCUCCCAACAGGCUCCGCUGCAGAUCCGGACUCGGUUAUGUAAUCUUGCAUGUGGCAGUCCACGCAAGCAACGCAAGUGGCUGGCCCGGUUUCGAAGACGUUGGGGUGCCAGACUUGGUGUUCUGCGUGUGCAAGAGUUCGUGCCCGUGGAGGAGAAGCCACGCAAGGCUGGCGGUCAAGGUUUUGUGGUCUUGAGCUCGGCAGCGGCUUACUUCCAGUGGCUGAACUUCGCCAUCGAUGCAGCUCCGGUGCACAGACCUCUGCUGAUCCUGAACAUGGACGAGACCGCAGUGGGCCGGCACCAGAGCGGCCUCCGUGGUACAGUUGCGACGUUGCCCAAAGCCACCUUGCCAGCGAGUGAUCGUGCGUCCUUAGCGGAUCGCCGAAGCUACGUCUCUUACUUGGCUUGUGUGACAGAUGAUGCAAGAGUCCAGCCCCGACUUCCACAGGUCCUCCUCGGCAACACUCACCUGUUCACCUUGGACUUACUUCGGUCCUGUUCUGGGAAGUUGCCGGACAAUGUUGUUCUGUGGCGGCAAACGUCUUCAUGGAACUCUCAUGCAACUAUGAGGAGGUGGCUAACGCUGCUCGCGAAAGCUUUGGGCCCUUUGGUGGAGGAAAGAUAUGUCGUGCUCUUGCUCGAUGUUCAUUCCUCACAUAUCCACCAAUCUAUUUUUCUUCACGCCCGACGCUGUGGUGUAAGAUUGAUAUACAUACCCGCCAAGAUGACGCGGCUUCUACAACCUUGUGAUACGCACGUCUUUUCCAAGUUCAAGUUGGCCUUGCGGAUAGCGUGGCAAAAUUGUAAGUCACGCAGCCCUGCUGCAAGUCCAACUGCCGUGUCUUGGGUUCACGUCGUCAGCCAAACAAUCCAGGCAGUCAUAUCACGCGGGAGCUGGCAAAAGGCUUUCCUUGCUGAUGGAGCUCUGCGUUUUCAGACGCAGCUCUCGACUAGAUUGCGGGUUGAGUUAGACGUCGAUGAAGCUGCCGUCUGGCUACACGUGGCUCCCACAACGGAAGAAGUCGCAUGCGUUUUUCCUUCGCGGCUCAAGAUUGAUACACUUUCCUAUGUGCUGUGGCAGCCACGCUCUCACCGUGUCCAGGGAGCAAGACCCUCGCAGCGUUCGACGGCAGCCAGAUCAUCUGAACCACCCCUUGUGCCGCAGUUUCACCGACGCGUCCUGCCGUCUACGUUCCUUACAGCCAGGAUGGCUCCGAUUGUUCGCCGGCUGGAGUGA